AUGGUUCAAGCCAAGAAAGCCGCCACUGGCAAGAAACUCCCAGCUGUCCCAGAGACUCAGUUGAAGCGCAGAAAGCUCCAGGUAGCCACCAGCGUUCGUUUGGCUAACAAGAAGGCCAAGGCUUUGAAGGUAGGGUAUUUGAUUUCGUUUUUAUUGAUUUAGGUCUAUCAGAAUUUUGAAAGUUAUUCUAAUCUUUGGAUAAUUUUGAUAUUUGGUUUUAGUAUGACAACUUUUUUAUGCUAUGGUUUCGAUUUAGUUUAAAGUUUUGUUUUAAAUGAGGUAAACAAGAUGAUGUUUAAAAAAGACGCUUGGUUUGUUGAAGCUUUCAUUUUAAAGCUGUUUUUUAAAUCUUUAUUCAAAAUAUUGCUUUACUAAUAGUCAAUUUUUUUAUUUUUCUCUACAAUUUGUCGCUUAUGAUCAAAAACAAGGUUAAUUUUGUAAUUUUUAGGCCGCCAAGACCAAGAAGGUUCAGUACUUCAAGCGCGCCGAGAAAUACAUUAACGAAUACCGUCAACAGAAGCGCAGCGAGAUCCAAGCUCGCCGUGAAGCCAAGAAGGCCGGAAACUUCUUCGUGCCAGAGGAGGCCAAGCUCGCUUUCGUCAUCCGUAUUCGUGGUAUCAACAAGAUUCACCCUCGCCCAAGAAAGGUACUCCAACUUUUGCGUCUUCGCCAAAUCAACAAUGGUGUGUUCGUCAAGUUGAACAAGGCUACCAUCCAAAUGCUCCGAAUCGCCGAUCCUUUCAUCGCCUGGGGGUACCCAUCACAAAAGACCAUCCGCGAGCUCGUCUACAAACGAGGACACGCUAAGGUCAAGGGACAAAGAUUGCCAAUCACCGACAACGCCAUCGUUGAAGAGAACUUGGGUAAGUUAAUCUUAAAUUUUGAGAAAUUUGAUUUUGGCAGAUUACAUUGUACUUUCUGUUAUUUAAAUCCUGGUAUUUUUAAAUCUUAAUGAGAUCAAACUUAUUUUAAAAUUUCAGGCAAACAAGACAUCAUCUGUAUCGAAGAUCUGAUCCACGAACUCUACACCGUCGGACCUAACUUCAAGAAGGCCUCCAACUUCUUGUGGCCCUUCAAACUCUCCAACCCCAACGGCGGAUGGUCGAAGAAGGCUAACCACUUUGUCGAGGGUGGUGACUACGGUAACCGGGAAGACAAGAUCAACGAGCUUUUGGCCAAGAUGAUCUAA